AUGAAGCCAGCGCUGUUCCUUUUUGCGGUGUUGAGCUCGAUAGGCGUGGCGCGCGCGGAUCUGCUUGAUGAUAUCCUCACCGCGCUUGAACAGGCUGUAGAGUGCGCUGCGUGCGACACUCUACUCGUUCCCAUUCAGGCACUUGCGCAUCUCGGCAAUGAUGCGUUCGUCGACGUUUUCAGUUCCCUUUGCAAGCUCGUCGGUGCUGAAGACGACGAUGUAUGCGACGGCGAACUCGCGCGCUCCGGGCCAAUUCUUGCGCACUCCGUUCGGCAGUUCAGCAUAGGUGGCACAACAUCGCAGAAGUUCUGCAAUGCCGUGUUCGGUCUCUGCCAGGAGCCUUCUAUCACUCCUUUCACUGUCCCCUUCCCUUCAGCUGCUCCAUCAAACCCGAAGACCUUCACUUCCACCGGCAAGACGCCCUUCCAGGUCGUACACAUCUCAGACGUGCAUAUCGACACACAAUACGUCGUCGGUUCGGAUUCGUCGUGCGGUAAACCCAUUUGCUGCCGCGACUUCGCCGAUUCGGCCGCUACGCCCGCCGCGCCGGCCGGCCCGUUCGGCGCGUCAACGUGCGACCCUCCCGAAAGCCUCGCGAAGACGAUGUUCAGCGCAGUGAAGCAGUUCGGCGGCGAUGCAAAGUUCGCAAUCUUCACGGGAGAUGUUGAGGAGGGUGAUACUUGGCUCGUGGAGCAGAGCAAUGUAACAGCCGAUCUGGAGAGCUUCAACGCGCAGAUCAAGAGCGAGUUGACCAUGCCGCUCUAUCCCUCCAUAGGCAACCAUGACGCUGCGCCGGUCAACAGCUUCCCGCGCAACAUCACCGAUACCACCAUCUCAUCCCAAUGGGUAUUCGAUACUCAAAGCUCCGGAUGGGAGCCAUGGAUCGGCAGUGCUGCUGCCGCCGAAGUCGACUCUAACUCUGGUUCAUACGCUGUCGUACCAGAAGGAACGAAUCUGCGCAUCAUCUCCCUGAACACGCUCUUUUGGUACAAGCAGAACUUUUGGCUGUACGACACAGACACACAGGUAGCGGAUCCAAACGGAGUGUUCGCCUUCAUGGUUCAGCAGUUACAAGCCGCCGAAGACGCGGGCCAGCGUGCUUGGCUCAUUGGUCACAUCCCAUCGGGCAAGAGCGAUUUCUUCCAUGACCAGUCAAACUACUUCGACCAGGUAGUACAACGGUACAAGAACACGAUUGCGGCGCAGUUCUAUGGGCACAGUCACAAAGACCAGUUCGAACUCGCGUACUCGGAUUACACUGACCAAAGUGCCGCUACCGCCGACAGCAUCUUGUACAUCGCACCAGCUCUGACUCCUACGAGCGGUAAUCCCGCAUUCAAGAUCUACGACAUCGAUCCCGAUACAUACGAGGUCAUGGACAUGAAGGUGUACUUCACCAACAUAUCCUCACCGACUUUCCAAACUUCCCCGACGUGGGAGCUUUACUACUCAGCGCGUGAUGCUUAUGGCCCCCUUGUCACCCCGCCGCUCCCCUCUACUGCCCCGCUGGAUGCGGUUUUCUGGCACAACGUUACCGAAGUGUUUACCGCGAACGCGACCGCCUUCGCAGAAUACAAUGAACGCGUUAGCCGUGGUGGUCAGGUCAGCGCUUGCACGGGCGACUGUCAAACUGCCGCAAUCUGCGACAUGCGUGCGGCACGCGCCGAGAAUAGCUGUGACACGGUCUCGCCGGGAUUAAACUUCAGGAAGCGCUCGACGGAGAGUGCGCAGACACAGGCAGAAUGCGGCGGUAGUCCCGUCCUGGCGAGGAUACUACUCAGUGCGCAGGACCGCUCGUAG